AUGCUCGUGGACAACUUUGGUUCUAUGGAAAGCCAUAAACCCAAGGCUAUGAGGACGGCCAGGGUCAUUAGCUACGUGGCGAAGAUAGCUGAUUACAACGGCAUGGAAGUUUUUGCUGCAUCAGAAACUACCAAAAGGCCGGUGAUCUGCAACAGCUCCGGCAAGGUCGAGAAGGUCAUCAAGAAGAUGGAGACUGUGAAAGGGAGAUGCAACAUGCACAAAUGCCUCUACGACAUUCUCAACCGAGUCCUGAUGCCUGGGCAGUUCAAGCCAACCAGUAUUUACAUUUAUACUGAUGGAGUCUGGGAGCCAGGUGAUGAUCAGGUUAAGCUUUUGAUCAGUCGCGCAAUUGACUUCAUUGAUCGUCAUGAAUACAAAUCCUCAGCACUGAUGUUCCAGUUCAUCAGAUUCGGCAAUGAUCCUACAGGGACAGAGAGACUGAAUUAUCUCGCUAACCAGUGCAAGCGACAGACUACAGUGGAUCUUUAUGACAUUGUUGAUGCCAAGGACUGCGACGAGCAUGUUCCGGAUAUUGUUAUUGGAAGCAUUUCGAGGUGGGGUAACAACAGACUUAGAUAG